AUGCUGCAGUACAUGUGGUAUUUAUUUUGCAUCUAUCACACAAGAGCUGCAGAGCACAGGCGAGCAGCCCACAAGCAAGCGCGAAUGCUCCGCAAAGUGCGACCCUCACGGAUUAUCACAAGACGAGCUAACGAGUUACUAUGCGCAAUCGCCAACGGCUUAGAGUGGCUAGAUAAGAACGAAGUUGAAGGAACAGAUGAUUUUACCGAAAAUCAUAAUAUGGACAUGUUGGUUCCAAUAGUCUCUCUUGAGAGCGCGCAUGAUUCUCCAUGGACUGAAUUAGAGUAG